AUGGAGGCUGUUAUAAACACUGCGGAACUCCUCGAGUCUGUGCUUCUCCAAGUGGAGAUACGCACCUUACUUGUCUCCGCACAGCGGGUGUGUCGACAAUGGCACGCAUUGAUCAACGACUCUCCAAACCUACAGAUGACACUAUUCUUGAGGCCUGUGAGGUCUGCCGACAACACGCACUACGCCGUAAAUCCGCUUUUGGAGGAGAAGUUUCCCUUCUUUUUCGACGGUGACAAUAAUGGAUUCGAAGGCCAUUCCGACGACUUGUUUGACUCAUUGGCCCUGGUUAAGAAUCGCGAUGCGUUCUUUCGUAAAGGAUCAAGCUGGCGGCGUAUGCUCGUCACGCAACCGCCAGUCCGUUCGCUAGGCCUGCUGACAGACACCCAAUUUCUUCACGGGUCCUCGACGACCUGGAAGCUCUUGGAAUUUGAUCGACCGCCCGUCCAGACAGGUGACGAGGGGAUCGAGAAGCGACCCGAGCACGCUCGCGCUUACAGUGAUGGCCUUAGAAUGCGGACUCUCUACGAUGAAGUUGUUAAAACCCGCAAGUCAAGUUGUGAUGGCCUAUUUUUCCUGUUUUGGCAUGGGAGAUUACCCAUCCCGGACGACGAACCCGUCGAUAGCCGUUUACUGGAGGUAUUCUCCAAAGCUGUGAAGAGGAGCGAGGUUGUUUUGUAUACAAGUCAUAUCCUCAUGUGUAGACCUAAAGGAUUCGGUGAUUAUGGAAAUCGGUGGGAGCGGUUUGAGUACAAGGAGUCUGAUGGCGACCAUGAUCCCCCUGUCGCUCGACUGAUCGCCAAUGUAGCGAAACCAUGCAUCAUAACGCUUGUGAAUUGUCGAAAGCAGCACAUCACGCCAAAUUCGCCUCGCAGCCACCCCAUUCGAACCGAUAUUGAUGAUACCACAGGUCUAAAGUACACGGACUGCCAGAAACUCCAGCUGAUACCUCUAAUUCCCCGUUUGCUCAAUCCCCGCUCUACGGUUCGCUCUCCGCCCGCGAUACACUCCAUGCCGCCGUCUAAAGCGCCCACUCCGGCGAAUGACAGUUUUGCCAACCUCGUUGCCUUUGGAUCUGGCGCAUCAGGCAAGGGUGUUUCUCUCGCGGAGCGGCAACGGCAGUUGGCCCAGCAGAAGGCAUUGGAAGAGAAGCAGAGACGCGCACAGUUUGAUGCGCAAUAUGGUGGAAACAAUGAGCAAUUCUGGGAUAACUUAGGCAAAUCCGGCGUCUCGAGCCAUACAUCCGGUUUGACCUCUGGCAGGAGCGCGCAAUCUUCGUCUCCCGACCUCCUUUCCCAGGGCCUUGCUGGAAGUGGCUUGCCCCAUCGGAGAAGCGCCAUGGACGAUGACGAGGACGACAUUCUAGCUGCAUUCAACGCUUCAGCGCCUGUGGACAGAUCAACUAAUUUUCCAAUCCCGAGCUCGAUAGCGCCCCCCGCUCCCAAUCCGGGUUUACAUUUGCCAGCUAGAAAUACGGUAGUAAUGGAGGAUGAUGACCCGUUUGGUUUAGGUGAGAUGAGCCAAAGGCAGACGCAACCCAAGGUUACUUCGCCAUAUGCAGUGGAUGGGGAUGAUGAUGAUAUACUGGGCCCCCUUGCUAAGCCUGUGUCGGAGUUUGCGAAACCCACUCCUGAGAUUACAACAUUGGAACGUCAAAGUGAAGUUCGCCUUGCGGAGGACAAAAGCGGCUCGCCUGCUCGGAUAUCGCCUGUGGAUCGGGCUAUUGCCGAGCUAGUUGAUAUGGGAUUUUUAAUUGAAAAAGCCAGCACAGCGCUAGCGACCACUGAAUCGGGAACUGAUGUCCAGGCAGCUGUGGGUUGGCUGCUUAAUUCCGCCCAUGCUGAGGCACAAGAAAAGGCCAGAGGCAGAAGUCAGAGCGCACAGGCACAGUCGCGUUCGGAACGGGCUCCCAACGGGCGGCGUGACCGGUUGGCGGGCGAACUUAGAGACUCUAGUCUACCGACACAGGUACGGGAUCAAGCGCGUUUUGAGGAGAGAAGCCCCAAUAGUAGAAGGGCGGCAGAGAAGGACCCCGCCCAACUAGCCGCUGAAUUCGGGAACAAUCUUUUCAAGUCCGCGAAUUCUUUAUGGAAGAGCGGAACGAAAAGAGUACAGCAAGCCGUCCAGGAAUUCAACUCGACCCCGGAUCCAUCCCAGCCGCGAUGGAUGAGAGAGGAAAGGAUGGAAGGCCGAAGUCAAACAGAAGUGCGGCCACAGCGAGGCGGCUCAGCGGCGAAACCCAGCGUGAGCGUUACGGAUGAAGCGCUCAUGCUGGAAAUGGAGAGAGCGCCACCAAGUAAGCCUCCGCGACCAAGCAGAAGUCCGCAACCGCCUCCCCAGCACACGGGCCGCCAGAAUCCAUUGCGAGACGUUCCGCCAUCUCAUCAACUACCUAUACGGCCACGCCGGUCACAACAGGACAUUCAGAGCCCGCCUCUCAAUGAUAGCCGUUCUCGUCUGUCUCGUUUAGCCGCCGAUGAACAAGCUUCUGAAGCAUAUGUCAGCCCAGCCAGACGAAGGAAGACUACACCGAAACUCUCUGCAGAGCCAGCGCUCGAUCUGCUAGAGGGAACUACUAAGCCAUCCCAACCGCUCCGUGCAGCUGCGUCGCCAUCACCUGCCAGGACCCCGUCGCGCCCUACCGCAUCACCACCAAUAGCUCCGCGGCCCAAAGUUUCUCCAAGGCAAAUUCCUCCAGUUUCCAACUCGACGCUCCUGGCUUCGCAUAAACACCGCCAGGACGGGGCCGCUGCCUUCAAACGUGGUGACUAUGCUGCUGCCCAUGUAGCCUAUUCUACGGCAAUCUCUUUGAUACCAGGCGACCAUCCGGUAGCCAUCAUCCUUCUCACCAACCAUGCUUUAACUGCUUUGAAAAUCGGUGAACCGAAAACGGCCAUCAGUGACGCAGACCGUGCACUGUCUAUCAUCGGCCCUAGCAGAGGCGAGUCGGAAAAAAUAGAUUUAGCAAACGGCGAGCCGAUGAAAGAGAUGAGGGAAUUCUUUGGGAAAGCCAUGAUGCGAAAAGCGGAAGCGCUGGAGCAAUUAGAACGGUGGACCGAUGCCGCCAAAAUCUGGCGAGAGACCGUCGAAUCCGGCCACGGUGGUAGUGCUAGUAUUCAGGGACGAACUCGAUGUGAAAAGGCAGCUGGCAUUCGAACUCCCUCCGCCGCCGCGCCGAGACCAUCCGUCUCAGCACGGCCUCCGCCACGCGCGACACCAAGGCCCGCUGCCAGAUCGCAAUCUGCAAUCCCAGCUAAACCGGCAGAAGCCGUCAGUCGGCUCCGCGCGGCGAACGAAGCCGCUGAUCGACUGGAUAAUGAGAAAUUCGCACUCGCGGACACGGUUGAAGCACGGCUUACUGCCUGGAAAGGGGGCAAGCAGGAUAAUUUACGUGCGUUGUUGGCGAGUUUGGACUCGGUUCUAUGGCCAGAGACGGGAUGGAAAAAGCUUGGUAUGGCGGAGCUGGUGCUUCCUAAUAAAGUGAAGAUUCACUAUAUGAAGGGGAUUGCCAAAGUGCAUCCCGACAAGGUACGUUGGCUGUUGAUGCUUGUUUCUUCAUGA